UUAUUUUAUUUCCACUGGAUACAUCAGCCAGCCAAUGAAAUUGAAGGAUUUGCCAUGUUGUCAUUCAACCACAGAGUGCAUUAGAGUGAGAGAGUACGUAUACGUCAGUACGUCACUAAUUAAUCGCGAGUAUAAUGUGAAGACAUAUUAAAAAAAAAAAGAAAAUAAUAAUAUUUAUAAAAAGUUGAAGUAUAUUAUUGCAUUUUAAUAUUAUUACUUGACAGAUGGGCAAUGAAAAAAGUGCCCUAAGUGGGCUUGAUAUUGAUGAAAAAGCUGUGGAAAUAGCAGAUUUUUGGUUACAUCACAGUGCAACAUUAACAAGUACAGCUUCAUCACAAUCAUUAUCAGUAUUUAUCAGUGAACCAUCAUUACAUUCAGCAGCAAAUUUUGGUAAACCAUCACCACUUGAAAAAACAGCUAAGAAUUUAAUGCUUCAUCGUCAUCCAUGUAUUUUAAAAUAUGUAUCAUCAUGGAAAAAAGGAAGUAGUUAUUAUUUAUCAACUGAAGAAGCAAAGCCACUUUCACAAUGUAUAGGAAAUCAAACAACAUUACAAAUUUGUAUUGGUCUUCAUAGUAUUUUACGUGCAUUAAUAUUUCUUCAUGAUAAUGCACUUGCUUCACAUAAUAAUAUAUGUUCAAGUUCAAUAUAUGUUACACCAGAGGGUUCAUGGAAACUUGGAUGUUUUGAAUUUCUAUGUAGAUUUAGUGAUUUUAAUCAAGCUUAUCUAAAAAAAAUUAAAACAUUUAGAUAUGAAAAAGCAAUUGCACCUGAAGAAAGUAAUGAUUCUCUUGUUUCACAAAUUAAUCCAAUAUCAAUUGAUAUAUUUGCAUUUGGUGUACUUGUUGAAGAAAUAUUGAGACCUAAAAAUACUGAUGAUGUGCCAGGUUUAUUGGAAUUUAAAGAACUUGCUAGACAACAAUUACAAAAUCAAGAUCCCGAAUUAAGACCAAAAUUAAAUGACAUUAUUAAACAUGCAUUUUUUACUCAUGACUUUAUAAAUAUACAUGCAUUUUUAAUUGAAUUACCAUUAAAAAAUCAAUUAGAAAAAGAAGAAUUUUUCUCAUCUUUAUUAAAUCAACUUAAAAAAUUUCCAGAAAAGAUUGUUGCUGAACAAUUAGGUAGAUUGUUAUUAUCAAGAAUGGUAUUACUUGAUUCAACAGCACAAUCAAAAUUAUUACCAUAUGUAUUAAAGCCAAAAACAGAAGAUGAUAAUGAUCAUGAUGUUGAUAACGAAUCUGGUUUAUUUACGAUAUCAACAUUUAAAAGUUAUUUAGUACCAAAAUUAUUACAAAUGUUUUGUGUACGUGAUACUUGUGUACGUUUAAUUUUAUUGGCACAUUUAAAUUCAUAUAUUUAUGCAUUUCAAAUUGAUGAAUUAAAAAAAAAAAUAUUACCAGAAUUAUUAGUUGGUAUUAAAGAUCAUGAUGAUCAUUUAGUUAGUAUAACACUUCGUGCAUUAUCUGAUUUAGUACCAAUACUUGGUGCAACUGCUGUUAUUGGUGGUAAAAGAGGCAAAUUAUUUACUGAUGGUAGACCAAAUCAUGAUCAAACACGACGUGAUGUAUGCUCAAUUAAAAAAAUUAAUGAAUUAAAAUCUAUUGAUGUUAAAGCAUCAGAUGACAUUGUUGAAGAAUCAAUAUUAGAAUUACCUGAAAGGCCAUCACCAGAUGGUGGUGAGGAUGAUAUGAUACAGGCAACUGUUAAUUAUUCUGAAGAAGAAGGUACUUGGUCUGAUUGGGAAGUACAUGAAAUACCAAAUGGUGAAAUAACAUCAUUGAAAUCAAUUAAAGAGACUUAUAUCGAAACUGAAAUUAGUCCUGGUAAAGUAAAUAAUAUACCUCCAAUUAUAUCACUUAAUAAAUAUGAUAAAAUUAAUUAUAAAAAAAAUAUUAUAGCUGAUAUUAAUGAACUGGAUAUAAAACAUUCAAAACCAAUUCAAUCAGCCAAAGAAGAAGUUGAUUUUUUCACUGACAUGGAACCAGUUAUUGAAAAACCAAGAAUACUACAUGUUGAUAAUGUUCAUGAUAAUAGUAAUGAUAAGAUAAAUAAAAGUGUAUUCGAUUUUAAAGAGAAUCUAAUUGAUAAUGAAGCAGAAGAUUAUUAUGAUAAUGGUUGGGGUGAUGAUUUAAAUGACUGGGGUAAUGAUAAUAAAGAUAAUAAUAAUGUUUUGGAUGAAUUGAAUGAACAGAGUGCAAUAUGAUGACAUGUAAAAAAAAAAAAAUUACAUAAUUUAACUGUAAAUAAUAUAUUAAUUAUUUUUUAUUUGAUUUUAUUAAUUUCUAUUUUGUGGGAGUACAUAUUUAUUUGUUUUUUGAAUAAAUUUAUUUUUGAUUACGUAUAAAGUUGUAUAAUAAAGAUUAAAAAACUCGUUCUCAAAUUAA